UUCGUGAGGUAUCUAGAAUCUCAAGAAGGCGACAAUAUUGAAAAGAUACGCGACGUCUACUGCAGAGCGUGCACCGUUCAUCAUCCUAAGAAACCCAACUUGCACUUGCAAUGGGCGACAUUUGAAGAAGGACAAGGCAAUUUCGUAAAAGCCGCGGAAAUUUUAGAGAACAUUGAUAGCGUAAUGCCGAACAUGUUGCAGAUAGCUUACAGACGAGUCAAUUUGGAGCGCCGCCGCGGCGAUUUGGAGAAGGCCUGCACCCUCUAUGAGAAUUACAUUACCAACAGCAAAAACCGAACGAUCGCUAAUAACAUUGCUGUAAAAUACGCCCGGUUCCUCUGCAAAGUUAAGAACGACAUCGACAAGGCGGUGAAAGUAUUGCUGAAGGCAACAGAGAAGGAUAAGGACAACCCGAGGUUAUACCUACAAUUGAUAGAUCUAGGCUUGCAACGAAAUCCGGUUGACACGCAAGAAGUAGUAGGAUACAUGGACAUGUUCAUUGACCGAGAACACGCCGAUCUCGAGCAGAGGGUUCUCUUCGCCCAGCGUAAAGUGGAAUUCCUCGAAGACUUUAGUCCCGACAUUCGACAAGUGUUGAAGGCUCACGAGCAAUUCCAGAAGUGCAUCAAACAAGCCAAGGAACGCAAGAAAGCGAAGAACGACGAUGGGAAAGGAGAUUUGUCGCCGUUGAAGAAGGUCAAGAUGGGAGAUCAAACGAACGUCCCGCCUCCGCCAUCGGUCAGUUCCCAAUCUUCAUACCAGUACAGCAGUGGGCCCAGUGGUCCCUAUCAAUCCCAACAACAAUUUCAAAGCGGCCAGUACGGGGGACAAGGAGGAUACCAGCAAGGCUAUCAACAGUACCCACCUCCGUCGGACCCUAAUUACGCGAAUUACCAGAACUGGCAGUACGGCCAAGGUGGACCGCAAGCGUACGGUCCAUACAACCAAUGGGGCUCCUACAAUUACUACUAAUAUGACGCAUUUCACCGUUGGUACAUGGAUUAUCUCGUGUACUGUACAUUCUACGGCUUUUACGUAUGUGCUCUGCACACGUAUAAAAAAGCGUUACGAUAUUUUACGCGCUCCGGUUAUGUCGAAAAGAAAAAAAAAGGAACAAAAACGAACGGCUGCGCUGUUGGAAUGUUGACUACGAGCUUGGCCAGGAGUUCGGGGUGUAAGUUAAACGAUGGCAUAAACGGGGGUUAAUAUUAACUUGCACGGACUUUAAUGGUAGCGGUCCCUCUACUUGGGACUUUUAAAUUCGAUCUGUGAAGUGCUCACUCACACUGUGCCGUUCUUUAACGGCCAAUUGGAAAGAAAGAAAUACCUUUAGGGGAAGUGCGAUUCGAUACGGCGCGAUUUCGCCUUGUCAAAGAAUUCAGAAGUCAACGUAGAAGCCUGGAAGGAUACGGACGUUCGAUGCUCGAUAAAUAGUACGUUAGCCAACAGAUGGCGGCGCUGUGAUCACCUCUCCAUCUCUCUCAAUCUUAUGGCGAUAUAUAGCGAGUUGUAUUCUUUCUUUAUCUUACACCCAAUACUGAUCUUUCUAUACGCGUCUCGCUUCUUUCCGUAUGUGAGAUAUCGCUAUUAACAUUGUUUAUUUGUAUUAUUACUAUAUUAACGCUGGCUAACACAUGCGAUUUCUCUUUUACCCUCAAUUCCGGUUUGUUAGCCAACUUUUGGAGCAUCAAGCGCUAACAUAGGAUCUGGGCUUCUAUGGGACUUCUGAAUUAAUUGGCCUGGUCGUGUCUUUUACUUUUUUUACAUAAUACCGUACAGCGUGUGUCAUUGAUCUGAGAACAAUUGCAAGACAUCCCGCGCACUAAUCUAGUAAUGCCCGAAACUAUUGAUUUAACGAUGAUGUCAUUGUCAAACGUUUUUCCCUGUAAUUUGUAGAUUUAUGACCUUACCAACGGUCGCACGAUUCAACGCAGCGUAUUUUCUUUCUUCUUUUUCUUAUUUUUUUGCUUUACCGCGCGAAAUGCGACGCGGUUUUUCCAUUGUUAUUGAAAUCCGUGAACAUCCCGUUGUUCGGGUAGAACGUAAAAAUUAUUUCCUUCUUAAUGAUCCCGCGACGUGAUUUAUGGCCGAUACAUUUAUUGUAUAUUUCCGUGGUCCUUUGUAAUAAGAUUUCAAUACGACGCGUUAAUAUUUUUGUGUUACGAGGAAUAUUGCGCUGCGUUGUAUUGGCGGUCCAACGGUAUGCCAAAUGCGCAAUUGAUUUUUCAAAUAAAUCCUAACUGAACGUGAGAUCAAUUUAUUAACGAUUGAGAGUUACGACGAUUCUGAUUUUAUGUAGACUUUGUAGGCUGUCGAAUGCUUGCAAGAGUGACACGUGUAUACAUAAAAGAAAUUGGAAGAUUGGUGUGGUUUCUUUCAGUAGCUAUAACAGCUGACACUUGUUACACCCUGCGUUUCGAUUUUGUAUAUAACGACUUUUGUUUUACAGAAAUUUAGUUUACGAGAAACGCCGUGUUUUCUCCUCUGUCGAGGGGCAAUUCUCUGGUACCGAUUUAUAGCACGGAAUUCGGAGGGGGGGGACAAAAGAAAAAAAGAAAAAGUGACGGUCUUCGGAAGGAUGUAUACGUGUAUUAAGUAAUUAUUUUUAUUAAUUAAAAAAAUAUCACAAUAUUAGAUACCGAACAAAGCUGUCGAGUCAACAAAGUUCACAUAAACUGUUCUGCAGUAAAAUCGUUGUACCAAAUGCAUAGUAAUAAAUUAUAUUCUUAGGCGUUGUCUUCAAUAAAAGUUUGCGAUCUGCGAGA